AUUUAUAAUACUUGGAUCAUAGAUAAUAUUGCGAAAGGGAAAGAGAACAGAAAAGAACUGAAAGAAAGAAAGAGAACAGAACGCGAAAGGGGAAACACAGCACGCGAUCGCGAAGACUGCUCCCAGCCUCCAUCGCCGGCUCGCCGCCCUGCUGUGACUGUCAACCCACGUCGACGUCGUACCUCCGGCGCUCCCCGCUCCCUGCCUCCUCAGUGCCACCGCCGUCACGCCGUUAGUUCUUCCCUUUGUUUUCUUCUUCUGAUUUUUCUACUCAUCAAAGUCUUCUUCAUUGUCUUCUCCGCAAUUUUUUCCUUUGUUCCAGACCGCCAUCAACAGGUAAGGAAACACUAUUUAAGUAGACCCACAAGGCGAUAAUUCAGAUUCUACUAAAGAUUCCCAUAAAUUAACAAUGGAGGUUGAUAAACAAAGUGAAAACGCUUGUUCAACAAUUGCAACAGUCGAGGAGUUAGAGGCCAACAAUAACCAAAUCUCGUCUCUUAAAGAAGGAAACACUUCCUUCUUCAAGACUUUUUUCAAUGGUGCCAAUACCAUUAUAGGAAAUGGUGUUAUAAUAGUUUCCUAUGCUUUAGCUUCAGGAGGUUGGAUGAGCUUACUAAUCCUAUUUAUAAUUUCGGGUUUAGCCAUCUACACAGGCCUUCUACUUAAAAAGUGCAUGGACUUGGAUUCAAAUAUCAAAGGUUACUCCGACAUAGGAGAACAUGCCUAUGGAAAAAUCGGAAAAAUAAUUGUAUCAGUAGUUCUAUAUGCCGAUCUUUUUAUGGCAACUACAGGAUUUUUAAUCUUAGAGGGGGAUAAUCUGCACACUUUAUUCCCCAAAUUCGCAAUCCAUUUACCUGGGCUCGGAUUAUUAUCAUUAUCAAUUGAUGGAAAAUCAAGUUUCAUCAUAAUAAUCGCGUUAAUACUUCUUCCUACAGUCUUAGUCGAUAACUUAAGCAUUUUCGCGUAUAUAUCAGCUACCGGUUGUAUAGCUGCACUUGUGAUACUAGGAUCGGUGUUUUGGGUCGGUUUAUUUGAUGGAAUUGGAUUCCACCAAGCUAAAACUACAUCAUUAUUUAACUGGAAAGGACUUCCAACAGCCGUUAGCUUAUACAUGUUGUGUUACACUUCACAUCCCGUAUUUCCUACCUUAUACACGUCCAUGCAAAAGAAACACCAUUUUUUCAAGGCCUUAUUGCUUUCUUUUGCCUUUUCCUCCUUUAUAUAUAUUUCUAUGGCAAUUUUAGGAUAUUCCAUGUUUGGGAGUGGGACCCAGUCUCAAAUAACCUUAAAUCUACCAACCCAUAAACUUGCCUCAAAAAUUGCUAUUUAUACAACAAUCAUUAAUCCUCUUGUUAAAUAUGGAUUACUUUUAAAACCCAUAGUGAUCACAACUGAGGGAUGGUUUUCAAACAAGUAUAACAAGAACAAGAUUUUCAAGAGUGUGAUUAGAGCUGUAUUGGUUGGCAUACAAGUUGGUGUGGCAUUAGCUCUACCGUUUUUUGGGUAUUUAAUGUCACUUGCUGGUGCAUUGUUGGGGGCUACUGGUUCGCUUACAAUUCCUUGCUUGUGUUAUUUGAAGAUUACGUCGAGAAAUGAUAAUUAUAAAUCUAAUUAUAGAUUUAGAUUAGUUGAGCGGAGUUUUAUUUGGGGAAUUGUAUGCUUUAGUUUAUUGAUUAUGGUGACUGGCACAUAUACUUCUAUUAUUAAUAUAGUUAAGGAAAUCAGGCAUAAAUAGUACUUUAUAGUGACUUUUUAGCUUUUUAUUUUAUUGUACUCAUGGCCGCUUUUAGGUACAUUUUGAGUGUUCGAUUGGUUAGGGUCUCAAGAAAUUAGAAAUUUAAAUUAGGUUUAAAAUAUUUUUUUGAAUAAUUUAGUUUUGCAGUUUAUGCUUAAUUUUUUAUACUUUUAUUAGAUUCAUUUGAUUAUGAAAUAAACUUUUGUUGUUCUUGUUGUUUAUAAAUGAAUAAUCAAGUACAAAUAAUUUCAUUUUGUACAUUUUGGUGUUAAAUAUUGUUUACAGUUGAUGC